UAAAUAUUUUGCGAUGUAAUAUGGUCACUGUAGUUCAGAAUAGCAUUCGCCAAACAUGGUAGUUUACUGUUUUAAGAACUUCUGGAAUGAACUUUGUAACUUGUUUACUUUACUUUGGAUUAUUUCAGAAUUUGACUUGAUUUACACUUCUGAAGUACGUGAAAUGAUUUGGAAUCAAGAUGAAACUUACAAAGAUUUAACAUUGUCGGUAGAUUUUGUAUGGCAAAAGACUGUUCGUAGUCGUUUAAAAUGCUCUGUCGAGUGCACAGACGAUGAACGAUGUGGCGCCUUUUUCUUUUCCGACGCAGACAAGUCUUGUUUGGCGAGUCCAUUCUUACUGGAGUCCACUGGACAAGGUAUUGCCGUCGUUGGAACAGAGUAUUACUUUUUUCGACCAGCAAAUUGUCCAGAUGAGUACACUUAUAACAGGAAAACCGAUUUAUGUGUGAAAAUACAUACAGAUACCUUACAAUGGAAUGAUGCUAAAUCUGCGUGUGAGGCUAUAGCAAAUGGUGGACUAGUCACAAUUCAGAAUCAAAAUCAGUAUGAUUUCAUCGUACAAGAGCUAGACAAAAUAAGUUUAAAUGAAUAUGUUUAUAUUGACGGUACAGAUGAAGUUGUAGAAGGUACAUUUAUUGGAAAGGAUGGAAAGGAAAUCACAUUUUUUGACUGGGAUCCUACUACUCAGAUGGAUAAUAUGCAUGAAUCACAAGAUUGUUUAUCCUUAAAUCCAGAUAACCACUAUAAAUACGUAGAUACAGAAGUUGGAAUAGCCCUGCGUUAUAUUUGUGAAGUUGUAUAAAAUUGAUUUCUUAUCGUUACUUUUAUUUUGUGCGAUCAUUGUGCAAGUUUCCCGUAAAAAUCGUAAACAUAGCUGCCAUAUAAAAAAUAAAGGUUAUCAUCAUUAAACGUUGACCUUUCCACGAAAACAAAAUGUUUCUCUACUGAAAAAGUAUUAUAAGACAUAAUGUGUAUAGUAUACAGAAUAAAGUGUACCAGUGUU